AUGGCUGAAGGACCCGCACAGAAGAAGCGCCAGCUUCCCUUCAAGCCACCAAGUCGGGCAUCCAGCAGUGUUGGCCCAUCUUCCGCCGGGGCACCCAAACCGAAAGGCAAAGCCAAACAAACCACCACAAAGGCAGUCACCAACAAAUCAUCUUCAUCAGCCUCAGCAUCAGCCUCAGCCUCCAAAUCUAGCAACCGCAAAUCCUCAUCCACAACCAAACGCCAGCGUGUCGAGUCCCCACCUGCUUCAGAAUCCCUAGCCGGAUCGGACGCUGGCUCCGACGCAUCAGUCCACAGCCGCGAGCGCUCCCUCUCACAAGAACCGGACUAUAUCCUCGCAGAGAUCAUCACACAUCAUGAAACGGAAGAUGUGUCCUCGAGUGAACCCAGGAUCCCCGCGAAGCUACUGACGCGCCUGCUGCAUCACCACUUCCAAAAUGAAAAGACCAAGGUGGCCAAGGAUGCGAAUACGGUGGUUGCAAAGUACGUGGAUGUCUUUGUGAGGGAGGCUAUUGCGCGUGCGGCAUAUGAGAGGGCGGAGAUGGAGGGUGCGGGUGGCGGGAGGAGAGCUGGGGAUGGGUUCUUGGAGGUGGAAGAUCUUGAGAAAAUGGCGCCGCAGCUUACGAUGGACUUUUAG